AAAUGAGCAGCCCUAUAUUUUUUUCAGGAGGGAGAUGUUUUGUUGAUGAAACUGCGCGUUAAAGUUUCUUUUUGUUAUGAAUACUAUUUGUAAGUGUUAAUUUCCUUUUACACUUCAUAUGCUAACCUAGAGAUUGGCAGAAAGUUAAAGUUGUUUGUUAUUAUACCAAAUAUAGAACUUAGUAAAGCGUAUAAAAGAAUAUAACCAUAUCCUUAUCAGUUAAUUGACGAAACAGACAAUAAGAACUGGAUAUAGUAGCAAGCUACCUUAAAAACUGGGCUAAGCUGCAAUAUAUACUGCUGCUUGUUUUAUUGAAGCAAUCUGUGAUGUAUAUAGCUAAAGGUCUAGAAUAACAAUAAACAUGGAUGAACUUGAAUGGUUAGAAUGUAAUGAAACUCUUGAAGAUAUAUUUAAAAAUCCUAAAGUUCAAUUUCCACAGCUUAUAAAAUUGUCAGAAAAAAUUACAUCAGUUAAUUGUAAUGAAACAUUAGAAAAAGACCAAGUUAUAACCAUACUUGCUAAAAAAACUAUUGCAAAAUUAAGUGGAACGGAUGCAAAAGCUCGUGAAAUAAGACUUCCUGUUGAUUGUCCUUUCCGUGUACAAUUAAAAUUGCCAGCAGGAAAAGAAAAGGACUUUGAAACAAUUGAAGAAUUGGCUAAAACUGACCCUUUACCAAAAUUUGUUGAAGUGACAAAAGUAGAAGGAUUAGAGUCAGUAAAAGUAGGGGAUCGUUUAAAAGUUGUUAUAGCUGAGAAGAGUGGUGGUGAACCAUCCUUUAUACACUUUCGCAGUUCAUCUGGAAAACAUGUUAAAAUUAAUGUAAACCAAGAAAUCUCUUUCCGGCUUGCAGUGAAUGAUGCAUCAGAGCAACCGCUAUCAAAAAUUGCUGAAAAAUCAAGAGAGCUUCCAGUAGCUGCCAAAUUUUUAAAAGAAAAAAAUGUGCCUCAAAUAUAUCUAGACUUGGGAGUUUUUAACAUUACAAAAGGUUUUACUGAGCAUGUUGUUCUUGCAUCAGCAAAUAAAUCAAAAUCUGAGUUUGCUGUUAUAUUUCCGCUGAAUUUAAAUGUUAAAUUUCAAGUUACUUCCAAGCUAAAAUUAGCAAAGGAUGAACAAUAUAGAGAACUUUGUUCGAAUUGUUCUAAUGUUGAUGAAUCUGAGAUAGCAGAGUAUUUAAAUGUUGUCAACCCAGCAGAUGAUGAAACACGAUAUGUAAUUAAGUAUAAAAAACUUCUUAAAUUGAUACACUCAGAGUCCACUGAUACUGACAGUGAUAGUGAUACAAAAAAGGAAGUUAGUAUUUCAGGUAGUGUUUCUAAAGAGGAAGAAGCUGUUCUAACCCUACAUACAGAGCAACGAGACCUUGUUCGGAAACAACAGAAAGAAAAAGAACGUAUGGCCAAAUUAGAAAAAGAGCGCUUAAAAGCUGAACGCAAGAAAGAGAAAAAGGAAAGGAAAGAGAAGGAGAAAGAGGAACGCAAGAAGAAGAAAUUGUCGCAUGCUGUGAACACACCUGAGAUGAUUGGAGAAGAUUUGUACAUUGUUCCUGAAUCACCUUCACUACCAACUUCACCAAAAAGCCCAGCCAGCCCCUGUGGUAAUGAAGAUUCUAAGCAACCACAAUGGGCAUUGCAUUUACUGAGUAAGGUGAAAGAUGUAAAAGAUCGCACUAAAUCCUUAGGACGAAAACCUAAAAAGCGUGGUAAACUGAAGCAAGACACAACCUUUGAUUCAACUGACAAUCUUAGUUCCAAUCCUUCAAGUGAUUAUUAUACUGGUCUAGAUGAUGAUGAUGAUGAUGCAUUUUCUGAUAGUUUAUAUGAAACCCUUCCAUGUGACAUGGCAUAUGAGUCUUUAGAUUUAAUCGCUCAGGCCAAGCGUUCACUUGCCCCAAAUACAGCAGAAAGUAAUGGUGACAGUGGCUUUGACGAAGUUGAUCAAGCUAAAAUUAAAGCUUGGAGAGAUUCAAUGCAACCUCCUCCUUUACCUGGUAACCACCCGCAUCAAAACAGAAUUGACAAUAAUAAUAGUGAUGAUAUCUAUGAAGUUGCUAUCGAUAGCGCAUCUGCCAACCCAAAUAAUGCCAGUGCCAAAGCAUGGAAAAGUUUUUACAAUAUCGUUGAGCAAAGUGCCAAUGAGAUUUCAAUGUGGAGUAUGGAAGAUGUAUCAAACUGCUUACAAGACCUUAAGCUAGGAAAGUAUAAGAAAACAUUUGAUGAGUCACAAGUUGAUGGACAACUCUUGCUUGACUUAGACGAAAGUGUUUUAAGAGAUCUUGGUUUAAACUUUUUUGAAGCUCGCAAGCUUAGAAAGUUUGUAUUUGGUUGGCGCCCUGAUGCAAUAAGACCUCCAAACUAUCCAGAGCUCAAAGGAUUUGACAGUGAGAAUCCAUCUGAUUGGAGCGAGAAAGAUGUUAUUGCACACCUUCAAGUCAUAGACAUCAAUGAUUUUUCCGAGUUUUGUGCUGAAAAUCAAGUAAAUGGUGAUUUAUUAAAAGACAUCUGCAUUGAUGAAACCAUAAUGAUCUCAAUUAUAAAAAGCCGUGAUCGAAAACUAAAAACAGUGAAAAUAAAAAACUACGUUAUUGACAAAUGGAGGCCAAAGAAAAAAGGGGAAGGUCAUUAUGUAAGUUACACAGCUAGUCAGAAAGAAAUCCCACAACCUGCAAAAAGUUCAAGUGCCAAUCAUUCACCAGUAUCCAGAGCAGCAUCUUCCCCUUAUAGCACACAGCGCAAUCGUAAAGUUAGUGAUAAUAGUACACCAUUGGGCAUUGGAAAGAAAGUCGGAGGUGAUGCACCACUGAUUGCAAGAAUGAAACAGCAACUGGAGGAAAACAAGAGUAGUUGGGAGAAUCGAAAAAAGGCUAUUUGAUCAGUCUUCCUAUUUUCAUUUUUCAUUUUUUAUAACUAUCUUCAUAGCAUUUUAUAGUAUAUAAAUAUGCAACUUUUUUUAAUGAAGGAGUUGCAUAUAUUUUAUAAGAGUGGCAUGGUGGUAUUUUUUCAGAAAUCUACUGAUCAGUGAGUAAAUAGCAAUGAAUUUCCUUUGUUGAUUAUUUUGUGUUUUAAUUAGAUAUCAUGAAUAAAAGAAGUUUAUCUAGCUUUCAAAAAAAAAAUUUUUUUUGUAUUGCCAUUGACAUUGAGUAUUAUAAAGUAAUUUUAGGAUUACUUUUAAUGUUUGCUUUUGUCAUUCAUACAAAUUACCUUUCUAUAAAUGCCUAUUUAAUUUUAUUGAUUAGUUUUUUUAUAAUCAUCUUUUUUCUGAUUCUGAACCAUUAUUUUUCACCAUUGUGAACAGGCUAUCAAGGCUCACUUUACUAAGUCUAGCUUCCGUGAAAAACCCAUGUGUCAAUAAUAAUUUAAUAAGUAAAAAAGUAAAUGGAUUAUUUGGAAAUAGAAAUUUUUUUUUGUUCGCCCUGUUAGUUGUAUUUUCAAAAUGGUUUGCGAAAUUUGAAAGCCUGUUGGGCACUAAUUUUUUUUAUAUAUAUUAUUCUUGCACUUCACACACAACACUAAAUAUAUAGUGUUCUUAAUAAUACGUGUGAUUUUAAACAACUGAUGUAUGCAGAGCUGGCUAUGCAAUUUGCAGUGAAAUAGUGCUUUCUCAACGGUUACAUGGGUCUUCCAUACUUUGAAAGCAAUUUCGUGGGUUUUGCGUACCUCGGUUUUCAAUUGUUGUAAUAGCAAGACCAAGGGAAUCACCUAGUCACUAAAAUUUAUUAGGAUGUAUAUACUUGAUAUUUAUACACGUGAUUUUUAACUAUUUACAUUUGAUGUUACCUAGCACAAAAGAUUUUAUAAAUUGCGGGAAAAACCGUUUUCCCCUAAUUUUUUUAUGUUGUCCAUUUUUUCACACCAAAGGCUGGGUACAAAAUCCUUUUUUAAAUGAUCUUUUUAUCGUUUUGUCAGCACUGAAGUUAUCAUAAGAGCAUGUGUUUGUGAAUUUGAUGUGGGAUGUUCUGUAAAAAAAUAAAGAUAGAUGCUCUCCGAUUCUUUUAUAAAAAGGAUCAUGUAUUUCAGCAUAUUGUUUCUCAUUCUAUGUUAAAAGUUUCCAUAACUGAGUUGUAAUUAGCGACCUGUUGUAGUUGUCAUUGAUUUUCAAUACCAUCGCGUAAUGUUAUUUUGCACACUUUGUUACCAGAUUUUUUAACUCUGAUUGCAAUGCAGUAAAUUUACUGUUAUAUAUAUGGUAAUCUGGUUUAUGAGUUGAAGUAAUUGUUGUGGUAUAUGUGGAUUGAUGUAGCUUUGCUUGCUUUAAUUGUAAAACUUGACAGCAGUGCGGAAAAUUUUGCAUUUUAUUUUGUUAUUGACAUUUCUGUUUUUUUCGAGUUUCUCUUUUAUGUACUCGAGGUUGUUAGAUAUAUUCUAAUAAGCCGGCCUUACAAUCGUGUUGCGCGGGGGAGGAUGAGCUUUUGUGUUGAAUUGAUAUAGUAGGUAUGUUGUAAGGAUUAAUCUCAUUUAUUUGUUUUCAUGCUUUUAUACGCGUUCACAAAGUGAUUAAAACUGAUAUUGUUUGAAUGUUUUAUUUAAACGACUGUGAUUAAAGUCCAGACUUCUAAUAUUUGCAUAUUUGCACUUUUUUUAAUUUAAUAAUUUUCUGUGAAUAUGACUUUACACAAUAAUAUAUACAAAAAAUAUUCCAUAUAACAAGACUAUAUUCCAUUUGUGAAAAAAACUGUUACUUAAAAGUUUAUUUCUAUUCGGUUUUUCAUCAUUUGAGUGUGUUCUGUUUUUUGUUGUUGUUUGACAAAUAAUCGCCCAACGCAUGAUGAAACGUCCGUACAGGUUUUUACACAAAGUGGAACACAGUCUUGCCUGUCGAUCCAUUGUGCACUUUUUAACAUUGUAGUUGCUUUUUACCUAUUUUCCCGACCGAAUGGCACAAUACCUUAUUCAGAUUAUUACGCGGUACCUCUACUUAGCCUUUUUGCUGCAUGUAUCACUAUUCCUCUGGAUAUUGUAUAGUUUGCACGGUAUGUAUGAGUAGAGAUUUUUUGAACGUAGAUUGUAAGUUGUUCUGAAAAAAAUGCAUCAAUGAAUUGCGCUUUUUUAUAUCCUCCAGAUGAAUUUUAUUAAACGAAGUGUAUACUAAAACAAUUUGAACAGAAAAAGUGUAUUGUUAAUAAUGUUUCCUAAUAACAUUCUAAGAUCUGGGACCAAGGUUUGCUUUUAAGUUAGUCACAUAAUACAUGUUAUAUAUAUAUAAGCAUAACGCGUACAAGCAUAUUCCGGCUCAGAUAGGGGAAUUUGCUAAGCAUAUGCUAAGCAUAUGGUCCAGCUUUGAUGAGUACUUUUGAUGCGUGUUUUUUUUCUUGUGAUAUUAGUAUUUUAAUUAGAGACGACUUCUUAAUUCCUUAUACACAAUAAGACUUAACUAACACCACUAUACUGUCUAAACUUGUCUUGUGUAAUUAUACCUUUAGUUUUGUUGAUGUUCUUUUAAAAAUAACAAGAAGCCCUGCGGCUUAAAGAUUUCUGCCAUUAGCAAUAAUCUAACAAAGUACUGAACUCUGAAGAGGACUGAGUAAUAUGGUGGAACAAAAUCAUUGAAUAUUUAAAAUUUUAAAAUUCAAUUUUUGAUUAUUAUUAUUGUAACUGUAAAUCAUAGCUAACUAAACUCACAUAAACUUCUUUUCUCUAUAAGAACAAUUUUAAAAGAAAAAUAAUAAACCUGAAAAUUGAUGAACAAUAAAAACAACGGCAAGGCUGAAAAUUUAUUAUUAUCUCCUUUUCUCUGAAAAACAGCUUGGAAAAUAUCUUUAAUUGUGGCAGCAAAUUUAUUUUUACAUUAUCAGUUACGAAAAGUUAUUUUCAGACUACAUAUUCUUAUUUCACAAUUUUAUAGCUAUAAUACAUUAUGUUUCACCAAAAAUAUUCAGCCUCAACAAUUCCUCUUUAAAUUGAAAUUCAUGAAUUAUUAAUUAGUCCUGCUGAAUAUAGCUUUAAGGCCGUUUCACAUUACAGCAAUAUAUAGAAAAAUAUUGACAGCAAUAUAUUUAUGAAUAAUGAUAUCAAUUGAAAAUUAUUGAAUUCAUUAUAUUGGAAAAUAUUUCGAAUUAUUGCAAAUUGUCUCUUUAAAUGUCUCUUUAAAUGUCCAUUUAAAUUUUGUUGUAAUUCAAAAUGUCUGAGGAACAGAGAAAAGCGGUUGCUGCGAUUAUUAUUGCUACAACUUUACUUCCGACAAACUUUUCCAAACCUAAGGUUACGCGUGGAUGAAAAAACGAAAAUCGAUCGGUGUUUACGAUAACUUAGUGCUAGAACUACGUUUGUAUGACGAAGAGAGUUUCCGCAAAUACCUGCGAAUGAGCCCAGACAUAUAUGAGAUUGCGUACAAUGAAAGCGAGAGAUGUUACCUUUCAAUACGUGAGAUAAAAAGAAGAAAGCGUAACCUCAUCCCGCGUUGUUUUUCUGUCAAAAAUUUGAAGCUGUUUUAUAAAGUUAAUAAAUUGUUUUCGUUUCUGUA